ACCUGCCACGGUACAAACGACACAAAUGAAUCUAUCCAACUCAAAUAGUGUACAACAGCAACAACAACAUCAACAACAGCCACCACCUCCUAGCCAACAAACAUCAGCGGUCCCCGUACCGAUAUCGGUGGCAGCCGCAGCUGCUGCGGCCCUAGCAGCUGGUUCUGUUUUAACCCCUAAUCCUCCUGUUGUACAAUAUUUAUCAAAUCCCCAUGGUUUGCCCGUUCAGUCUGUAAUACAAGCGGCCAAUCAAUCGUCAGUUAUACAAACAGCGGCCGGCAACAAUUCCCAGACACAUGUUGCCAUACCCAAGGGUACUGUUCUAUAUAAAAAUAAUGCCACAGUUAUACAUACAACAUCAGGCAAUGCUGUCCAACUUCCUCCAAAUUUCCCCUGCAAGAUAAAAACCGAACAGAAUACCCACCACCUUGAUACAAAUAGUGAGGAUAGUUAUACCGAUGAGGAUUCACCACGUGGCCGAAGAGAACUAACACGAAGACCAUCGUAUAAUAAAAUCUAUUCGGAAAUAAGUGGACCCGAUAUAACAGGUGGACCAAAUUUACAAAUGUCAGAUAAUGUUGGUAUACCCGCCUUAGCACCUGGUUCGGCUGGAUCCGGAACUGGUCCCUUAAUACAUUUACCUCCCGAAAAUUCGUCAACAUUUUAUUUAUCCAAUAGGCUACCUUAUAAUCCCAAUAACAAUGUCAUUGCCGAAGAUCAAACGCGAAAGCGUGAAAUUCGCCUACAAAAGAACCGAGAAGCCGCGCGUGAAUGUCGUCGGAAAAAGAAGGAGUAUAUCAAGUGCCUGGAAAAUCGUGUGGCGGUGCUGGAAAACCAAAACAAGGCUCUAAUCGAAGAGCUGAAAUCGCUCAAGGAGCUAUAUUGUCAGACCAAAACAGAUUGAGACAGACCCCC